AUGGAUUCACAAUCUGAAGACGAUUAUAUGUGUCCUGUGUGUCGGGAUAUUUUCAUGGACCCUGUUAUUUUAUCAUGUAGUCACAGUUUCUGUAAAGUGUGUCUUCAACAGUUCUGGAAAACUAAGACAAUUCAGGAGUGUCCUGUCUGCAGGAGUAGAUACUCAAAAACUGAACCUCCAUGUAAUUUCAAGUUAAAGAACUUGUGCGAGUCGUUCCUGAAAGAGAGAAAUGAGAGGCGUUCAUCAGGAUCUGAGGAGUUCUGCAGUUUACACAGUGAGAAACUCAAACUCUUCUGUCUGGAGGACAAACAGCCGGUGUGUUUAGUGUGCAGAGAUUCACAGAAACACAUCAAUCACACAUUCAGACCCAUCAGUGAAGUGGUUUCAUCAUAUAAGGAGAAGCUCAAUGCAGCACUGAAAUCAUUACAAGAGAAACUGAAUCACAAUGAAACAACGAAAGGAGAGUUUGUGAAAAGAGUUCAACACGUUAAGUCUCAAGCUGAGCACACAGAGCGUCAGAUUAAACAGCAGUUUGAGAAGCUUCAUCAGUUUCUCAGAGAUGAAGAAGAAGCUACAAUCACUGCACUGAGGGAGGAAGAGGAGCAGAAGAAGCAGAUGAUGAAGGAGAAGCUGGAGGAGAUGAACAGACACAUCUCAGCUCUUUCAGACAGAAUCAAAGACAUGGAGGAGAUGAUGCAAGCCAGUGAUGUCUGCUUUCUGAAGGAGUUUCCAGUCUCAAUGGAAAGAGUCCAGAUCUCAUCACAGCCGGAUCCACAGACGCCUUCUGGAGCUUUGAUUCAUGUGCCGUGUUAUUUGGGUAACCUGCCGUUCAGAGUCUGGAGGAAGAUGCAGGACAUCGUCCAGAACACUCCUGUGAUUCUGGAUCCAAACACUGCUCAUCCACGUCUCGUUCUGUCUGGUGAUCUGAGCAGUGUGACAAACAGCGAGAACAAACAACCUCUUCCUGAUAAUCCAGAGAGAUUUGGCUAUUAUCACUGUGUUCUGGGUUCAGAGGGUUUUAACUCAGGAACACACUGCUGGGAUGUGGAGAUUAAAGAGAGUUUUUGUUGGAGUCUUGGAGUAACUGCAGCAUCAAACCAGAGGAAGGGACAUGAUUUCUUUAACACUGGUGUCUGGAGUGUACAAUAUGAACUGUCUGAACUGUUUGGCGUUCGUGUUAAACAGAAGCUUCAGAGGGUGAGAGUUCAGCUGAACUAUGACAGAGGAAAGGUGUCAUUCCAUGAUCCUGUAACAAACAAACAUCUACACACAUUCAAAAACAACUUAACUGACACAGUCUUUCCAUUCUUCUGUUGUUAUUCCCCUCUGAGGAUCUUACCGUUAAAUCAUUAGUAAACGU